AUGUUUAUGCUCAAGAGCCUCUUUGGCAAGAUCUGGGGUGAUGCCAACAAUCAAGAGUUGAUCCAGGUUCCCGCAGGCUCCCUCUACCUCGUUCGUCCAAAUGGCCCACAAGGCUCACGCGAAUGCAUUUACGAAGACGCCGUCCUUGCCAUCCGCAGAACAACCGCAGAGUACCACUACCAGCUCGUAGUCACCAAAGCAUACCAAGACUCGCAGCCCGAGCUCGCCGAUGACGACGACCUCGAGGACGAACGCGCCUACCUCAUCGAUCAGGCGCUCGACUUUCGCCUCUCCACUCGCGGCAAAGAGCGCACCAUCGUCUGGAGGGACCUUGAUGGCGACGACCAGGACUUGCUCGAAUUCGUCAUCGACAACAAGCAGGUCAACGAGGUCACCAUUACCAUCUUCGAAAUCACAUUCCUGCAAUGCGUCUACGAGCACGCGUCCCGCACCAGCCACGAACGCGCCACCGAGGAGGAUCUGGAUCAGCUCAGAUACAAGGACGAGGCCGAUCAGCAGCUCAAGCGCGAAAACAAGAAGCAGCUCGACAGAAAGCUCGAAGAUGCGGGUAUCGGCUCAGCAGCAUCCACAUCUGCUUCCACAGCGACAACCACCGCCGCCAAGUCUGAACAGGACGUCAAGCCGGCUCCUGCCGUACUUGCAACCAUUGCACCAGUCGCCGAUACUGCAGGACCGCAGAUCGAUGAGAACAGCACUGUUUUCUCAGCCCGCGCCGAUCUCUACCUUUACGACCUCAAAUCGCAGUACUUCCUCGUCCAGGAACGCAAAGUCGACGUCCGUGUUCUCGAGGCUGGUCGCUACCUCUUCUGGCUGUCCAUCAAAGGUGCCGACAAAAUCUGGCUAGCGCAAAAGGUGGAGAGCGACAUGAACAUGAACUUCUCUCCCGAACAGACCUCGGCAGUGUGGAACUACUUUACCGACGACCGCCAGUGCUUCUCGUGGCUGCUCAGAUUCGAGGAUCAGGAAGCCUACUCGCACUUUCAGAAGGGCUUCUCACAGGUCAUGUACGAAACACAGAACGAGGAGCCAUGGGCAAAGGCAAAGAGCGACGACCGCGCUUACGCAGAGACCGCUUUCGAAGCAGGUGAGCCAAUGGACGUCGAUGACAUUAGCGAGAGCGAGGAUGGCAACGAGUCGGUGCGCACGGCAAGGGAAGAGGAGGAAGAGGAUGACGACGAAGAGGAAGUGGCAGCUGCACUCCAGACUGGCCGAGCACGCUCAGAAGAAUCGUCUUGGCCUCAAGAGUCGACUUCGCUCUUGGCGGGUCAACAGGACGUCAACUCGUUGCUCGCUGUCGGCUACAAGUUUGACCGCUCCUUUGUCGCCCGAGGUGACAAGAUCGGUGUCUUCCGUCACACCGACGACAACAAAUUGGAGCACGACACCACUAUCAACAACGUCGGCACACCCAGCGGCAAGGGCUUCAGGCCGCUCAAGAUGAUGCUUCACAACCAGGACGCGCAGAUGGUGUUGAUGGAUCCAUCCAACAAGAACGCCAUCUUCAACAUGGACCUUGAAUACGGCAAGAUCGUCGACGAAUGGAAGGUGCACGACGACGUCCAGAUCAACAAUGUCGUCGCCAACAACAAGUACGCUCAGAUGACGGCCGAAAAGACCAUGAUCGGACACAGUCACAAUGGCAUCUACCGUAUCGACCCGCGUCUCUCUGGCAACAAAUUGGUCGACUCGGAGUUCAAGCAGUACGCGUCCAAGAACGACUUCUCGGUGGCAGCCACCGACAGCAAGGGCCGUCUGGCCGUCGCUUCCAACAAGGGUGACAUUCGUCUCUUUGACUCGAUCGGCAAGAACGCAAAGACGGCGCUGCCAGCGCUCGGAGAUCCGAUCCUGGGCAUCGAUGUCUCCGCAGAUGGUCGUUACAUCAUCGCUACCUGCAAGACCUACCUUCUUCUCAUCGAUACGCUCAUCGGCUCGGGUCGCUACCAAGGUCAGCUCGGAUUUGAUCGUUCCUUCCCCGCCGAUGCCAAGCCACAGCCAAAGCGUCUCACGCUCAAACCAUCGCACGUCGCCUUUAUGGGCUCGGCCAUCUCCUUCUCCCCGGCGCGCUUCAACACGGGUUCCGACCAGGAGACGUCAAUCGUCACCAGUACCGGAGCAUAUGUCGUCAGCUGGUCCUUCAAGGAUGUCAAGAAGGGCAACCUGGGCUCGUACGUGCUCAAACGAUAUGGUGGCGAGGUCAUCUCGGACGAGCAUGCCUACGGCUCGGACCAGGCGAUCGUGGUCGCCUUUGAACACGAUGUCCAGAUGGCGAAGAGAAGUCAGCUGUUGAAACCCACACGUUGGGCUACUCAGCGUAUUGAGAGGUUCAUGAAGCGAAUGCGUGAAACGGAGGAGGUUGCUGACGACUCGAUGAGUAAGAGGAGGAGAUUGAGAGAGGUGGAUGUCAGAAAGAGGCGUCAAGUAGAGGCCGACGACGAGGACGAGGACGAGGAAACACUACGUCAAGUGAGGCGACGCGAGGAGCAAGAUUCGGAAAACGGAAUUCUGUUGGAGUUUUGA